AUAUCGAUGGAUAGUUUGUACAAUGUCCUCGUGUGCUUUCGUACAAAUGGAUUCCACUACAAGCAAGACGACCCCUGCGCUUCGGCUAAUAGAAAACCGCACAUGCGCAAAGCGUAGUAACCACCUAAUACAAAACAAAGCCCGACGUGGCUCCCAGUUGUGUUCAGUGCAUCAAAAUACUCAUAAACAAUCAUUAAAAGCCAGAACGAAGCACAAAUCGGUGUGAGCUUUUAGCGUUUUUUUUUAAACAAUCACAUUACAGCAAACGUAAGAAACGCACGCACGAGGCCCUGUCAAAACAAACCAGCGUUUUUGCGAUGUAAACAUGAACGAGCGUAAGAUAUUACUCUUCAUACUGUGCGUUAUUUUUUAUUGCUUCUACAAUGUACAUUUGUGGUUUACGACGCAUGUAAACGAAGAAAAACCGCUGGAAUCUGAUGUAAACACAGACAGAAAGGCGGGAGUUAGAGCAAACAACUCACAGCAGAAUGUUGUGAAGCCGAAAAUGAUACCUUUAUUUCUGAAAAACGCAUGCAGUGCAUUGGAAGUUUUCACGCAAAAACCUCAGUUGGUCAAGAUAAAAAGGUCCAAAUUCAAAGACAUGGAUCUUGGAAACAAUACCAUCACAGUUCUAGGCAUAACUGUGUUUUUAUUUAUACUGCUCCUCAGCGCUUUGUUUGAUGUGCUGAAAGUGAAAGAGGAGGAACGUGCAAGAAGGAAACUCAAUCCUGACGGAGAAAGAAGGCAAUCGUUGGCCGAGUUUGCGAAUAAGAAGAUGUUGCGAAGGGAAUCCAGCAAGUUCAGCCUUCAGCUGUUCCAGAUUGCAGAAUCCGUGGCGACUGACAAUGAAGAGAAGAAAAGCCCUCGAGAAAGCAGACCGUAUACUCGAGCGGAGUCUACCAAUUCAUACCUUGUUGAAAAGACUCAAACUAAAAACUCAGCACCAGCGUCUAUCGGAGUGACUCCCGCGGAACACAAGUUAGUUAAAAGGGAGUCAGUUGCAAAGCUGAUUGACAAUCAUUUACAAUGGCUACCGCAAAGACCAGUCUAUAACUACCAUCACUGUGAAUUCAGAUUCUGGCGAAACCAAUAUUUGAGUGCGAUACCCUAUUCUCUUUGGUACCACAUGUUUAGAGGGCAACAAACUCGAAGUCUUAACAUAGGAUGCUUUGGCACUUCAAGCAACGAUCCCAACAAAGAUAAAAUCCUAUUACGAUUGAAACAAAACAACAAAGAACUGUUCAAUAAAGAAAUAAAAUUCUCAAGAAAAUAUGAACAUAUUUUAAAUAUAAAUGCCUCUAUAUGCAGUCUAAUGGAACUAUGCAAAAGAAAAUUUUACCAAAUGCUUGACAGUGCUUCGAAAAGAUUAACUGUUUCGCCAACAAUAAGUAUAUAUUCCGAUGUUAGUUACGAUGAUACAGAAGAAAACAAUAACAAUAUAAACGAUCUACAAGGUUACUUUGAAAAAUUCCAUCUAAAAAAUGGAUUAUGUACGAAAAAGAACAUCAACGAAGAGUACUAUGAAAAAUGUAAAGGCGACACGAAAGUGGACAAACUGUUUAUAAAAGCAAAAAUGAAAGGCUAUUGCGUGCCAUCUGACAUAGUUGAAGAACAUUUUUACUAUUUACCAAAUUUUUUAAAAGACGAACUUUGCAAUGGACCAAUAUCGAAAUGUGAGAAUGUGAACUGCAAGAGGCCUGUUUUCGAUUACGUGUAUUCCGAAUUCUGUUUAGAAAAAAUCGUCCUAAUUGAAAAUACCGAAGAUGUCAUACUAAACGCUGUAUUAUGUUCUAAAUCCUGUGCUGAUACAUGGAAAAUUGGCAAAACUAUCCUCACAUGGGAGUUUGUUUCAUGAAACUUAGAUAAUAUGUCUAUAGCUUAAUAGAACUGAAAAACUAG